AUGUCGCAUGGUGAAUCAUCCGGCGGUGGCAGGACCGUGCGGGUGGUCGACGUGUGGGCCCAGAACGAGGCGGCGGAGCUGGCCCGCAUCCGCGGCCUCGCCCGGGGCUUCAGGGUCGCGGCGGUGGCCACGUCCAUCGAGCUGCCGCCGGGCCCGUCGCCCACACGCACCUUGGACGACAGCUACGAGGCCGUCCGCGCCGCCGUGGACGGCGUGCGGUCCGUGCAGCUGGGCCUGGCCCUCCUCAGCUUCGACGGCGACCUGCCUCCGGCCGGCCGCGUGUGGCGGUUCCACCUCGGGGAGGGGCGCGGCGAGGCCAGCCCGCGCCGCUUCUGCGAGGCCCUCUGGAGCUACACCCGCGCCACCAUGCCCGACUGCGUCUGCGCCACGCGGGACGGCGCCGCCGACGUGGCGUACCUGCUCAGGCACCUUGAUGGCGGCCUCCCGCCCCGGCGCGAGGCGUUCCUGCGGAGAUGCAACGUCUUCUUCCCCCAACUGUACGACCUGAGGGUGCUGGCGGAGUGGAGGGCGGUGGAGGACGGGGAUCCCCCGCUCGCCGCCGCCACCGGAGACGCGUUCCACCGAUUCCUGGAGCUGGUGCGGGAGUGGCGGCCGACGGGCUGGCCCUACGGUUACAACGCGUUUCUAUACGGACUCGGAGCCGCCGAUGAUGACCCCCUCCUCCACUACAAGAGAAUAUCGGCGGAGUACGACGAGAGUAGGAGGCGGUUGAAGGAGCACCUCCUUCAGUACCACGAUGAGGAAUAUGUUGUGCAAAGGUUGCUUCCCGUGAUUAUGUAA